UCUAACAACAAACUCAACGGACACUGUCACAGUGUCAGCGUAUUACACAAACAACAAGGCUUGAGGAGAGAGAAACAAAAACACAGUGAGUUCGAUCAUCGAUGGCGGGGCUGUUAGCAUGGGCAGCCGAUGUAGUAGGCGCAAAUGAAAGUGGAAGCGAUAAUUCCGACGACCCGAGUUCGAUCCCUCUCAUUCUAACCCCACAACAACAACAAUAUCUGACUGAAUUGAAUCAUAAAGCAGCUUCUCUCAAUCGUUCGAUCCAAGAUCUACGGCUCAGAAUUCCUCCCUCUGACAUCUCUCAACGUCUUCCUCAUCUUCAUGCUCACUCACUUGCUUCCAAUGCUGCACUUGCUCUUCAAUUAAACUCCCAUUCUUCCACUCGUGAGCAGGCACAAGAAAGGGAGGCUAUAUUGCUGGAACAAAAUGCAGCUUAUGAAAAUGAAAUCACAAAUUGCGAAGCUAAGAUCCAAGAGAAGUUGCAGGAGGCAGAGCAAUUGCAGCAAAAGUUGAAGGAAAUGAACUUGAUUGAGGAAAAUCUGAAAGCUAAGCUGCAAAAAGUUCAAGCUGCUUCCGGUAGCAGUCAGCCUGAGAAUUCUUCCAUUGAACAUAAUGAAGUGGACACAGAAGCUGCAGAAGAGGCCUCCCGAUCUGCCUUACUUGAGAAAUUGGAGAACAAGAAGAAAGAACUGGAAUUAGUAGAAGAGAAAAGUCAAAUAUUAGAGAAGAAAUGGGCAGAGGUUCAAGAAAAGGCGCUUAAGCAACCUUCUCCAGGUCAGAGAGAAAAGGCACUGGACAAGCAGCUUUAUAGCCUGAUGGAGCAACUGGCAUCUAAACAGGAUCAAGCCGAAGCUCUUGCAAAUGAAAUACAUAUCAAGGAGAAGGAACUUGAGAGAUUGAAUGCGUUGUGGAGGAGAGUUGAGAAUACCAGCAAGGAAGCUAGCGGUACCGCUGCUAGGAACCGAUUUGUAAGAAGUGGCUCAAACAUGGGAUUUGAUACCGACAGCGAUUUCGAUGGUCGUAACAACCUUCCGUAUCACUCUGGUAGCCGAUUUGAACAUCGGCAAAGGCUCCGACUUCUAAGGUCAUCUUUUGUGCUUUAUGUUUUUCUGUUGCACAUAAUAGUCUUCAUUAGGAUUUUAUUCAUUUGAUAGUGUUGUUCUUAGGAUUUUUGUUGGAAUAUGGCUAGAUGAGGAUCAACUUGUGCACAUAGAAGUAUGAAAUUGACUGAUGAAUACAUCAUAUAUAUAGAUCAUACGUGUAUGGAUAAAUUGGGUAAUUUGUAUUCCCACCUAUGUAAUGAUAUUGAUGUCUGAAUUCUGGUACUUUUGAUAUUUAGAAUACACUGUAAUUAUUUGACCUUCCAAUUUAAUAAAUUUGUCCCUAAAAAAUAUUAUAGCAA